AUGGUAUUCAAAGUCACCACAACUAUUGUUCCAUUUGCUGAUACUAUAUCCACGUCUCCUUCCAAAACACAGAAAAACCUCUCCAUGGAAAAACCACCCACCAAACGCCGCACCACCACCACUCGGCAAAAAUCAACCAUGAAAACCGGUGACUCCUCGCGUCCGAAACCCUCCACUCCCACCCGCCGCUCAGCUCGACAUGCAACCACUUCUCACGACUCUACUCCAUCUGAAGCAAAUCCAGAAAAAUCUCAAAACCCUAACCCUCCUCCUUCCUCAACCCAGAUCGAAUCUGUUCCUCAACCCACGAAGCCAUCCUCGUCACACGUUUCUACUCAAUCAAGCGAAGGUAACUCUCUUGUAUCUUCAUCGUUUCAAGCCUAUGACCAUCCCUCUGAAGUCUCUACCAAGGAGUUCAUCUCCAAUGACGAUGUUCGCUCUCUCUAUAACGACAAAUGGCGCUCACUCCCUAUUGUUGCCGGCAAAACUGUAAAUCUGGACAGCUACUCAAUCUGGGGUUACGACCUAAACGAACUUGCAAAAGCCACAGGUUGGACAAACUUUCUCAAACUUUCUGAUGUCUUUUACCCUAGAUUAGUUAGAACCUUCUUUGCUUCUAUUGAACCCUCUAAAAGUGAUACCCAGCUAAUCUCUUCUGUUAAGGGUCAACAAAUUACCCUAACCCCAGAGCUUCUUUGUGAAAUUCUACAUGUCCCAAACAAUGGGCUUCAUCUGUUCAACGAUGAAUGGCCCUCAUCAUACGACCUGGAUAUUGAAUCCUAUAGACUCUCCAUCACCAAACAUCCAGCUGAAAGAUUUGUGUCUGCCAACCUUGAAUCCCUCAGCCACAUCAUUCAUGACUUCUAUAUUCACACUAUCCUUCCAAGGAAAGGCAGUAUGGAAAGGGUAACAGAUAAAGACCUGCUUGUCAUCUACCACUUUUCAAAAAAAAUCCCUCUCAAUAUCGGUUAUUUAGUGCUAAACUACCUCAAACACACAGGUCUUCGAGCAAGAAGCGCUCCUUAUGGUAUGCUUCUUACCAAAAUCUUCAAACACUUUAAUGUUCCUCUGGACGAUGAAGAUUCCUUCGAAAUCAACAAAAUAUUAGAUGCUUCCAAGCUAAGGCGCAUGAAAAUCCCUUCCCUCAAGCGUGCCCCAUCACCCAAACCUGAAACCAAAUCAAAACGCAGGCGACUUGUUAAGCAAUAUGCUCCAACUGAACCUUUAACAACAGGUAUUGAUUCUCCUAACUCUCCAAAUAGCCUGACCACAAAUUCUCCUAUUCCACUAUUUGUGGCUCUUCCAAACACUGCUGACCUAGAAUCUCCACAAAAGUCUUCACCAACUUCUCCUCAUGCCUUUAAAUCCGUAUCUCCAAACCCAAAGGAAACAGAUAAACAAUCUCCUGAAACCACACAAUGCAUUGACCUAACAUCUACAUCACCAAUCCUUGUAGAAUCCUCACCACAAACGGUUGUCAUAUCUCAAGCUCCAGUUUCUCUUCAAACUAAAACUAUCUCAAAUGUUGAAAUUCCUUCAACUCUGGAGACUUCUGACACUGACAUGAUCAACAUUUUCGCUCUUGAAAACCUUCUUUCAAGUCCUCCUGCUGCUUCAGCUCACCAACCACCCUCACCAAAAUCUCCAUACACUCCUGCUUCCAAUCCAGACCCGGAUGCUCAGUUGUCCUCACUCAUAUCCAUGCUUGAGGCUGAAUUAUUAACUCCACCUGCUUCAAAUCAGCAAACUUCAAUUAUUCCCCAUGUUGUCACCUACACUUCCCCUUCUAUGACAAUAGUUCCUGUCUCUACCAUCUCACCAUUGAAUUCACUAGAAUCCUAUAAAGAACCUUCUCCUCCAAGAGUUCAACUGACCUCCAUUAACCACACAGACUCUGAUGAUCUUACUGCUCAAAUAGAAGCCUUUUUCAACAACCCCAUUCAACCACCUGAACAAACUAGUCUUAUAGAAACACAUACUAUGCCUUCUAUUCCACAAUCUGAUCCUUAUGCCUUCCAAACAAACUCUCCAAUCUUUUCCUCUCCAAAGGAAGAUGAUGACAACUCUUUCAAUGUUCAAAAUAUUCUUGCUCCAAGGUAUGAUUCAUCUCCCCCAAGAAACACCACUAAUAAUUCCAAUACCCUUCCUCAGCAUCCCAUCGUAUCAAUCACAUCCUCAUUCUUUAACAAUUUCCCCAGUAUUGGUAAUCGUCCUCCUGUUUAUCCUCGAACUACAACCUCAUCUGAUAUGGUUAACCCCCAUCAGGGCGUCUCUCUUCGGUCACUUACAGCCCUCCAGAAGCAAUUAAUGGCUUACCAAAAAUUCUGGAUUGAGUAUGUCACUGAACAAGUGUGCCUACGGUUUCCAGGGAUGCUUCCUCCAGAUCCCUCUCAGAUUCAGUUUCCAAUUCUGCCAUUAUCCUCUGAGGCAACAUCUGAUGAUGAACCAUCUGGUUCUUAA